AUGGUUGAAGCAACAUCAGAAUCGAGAGGUCAUCAUAGAGGAAAGGCACCGGGAGAAGGACCAGAAAGGCAUCACCAUGAAGUGCUCACCCUGAGACUGCUUCCAAAGAAUUGGCUGGAUAUGCGCCCCUGGGGCCAGUUUCUCUCAUCAUCAGUAAUUCUGGAGGCACCACCACCCUUGACGGAGGAUCCGGGUCGUGGAUCCGUUUUGUUUACGAGAGGAAAUCGAACAUAUGCACUCCCAUCGCACAACAACAACCAAGCUGGCCAGGCCUGUGUUUCCCCAUCCCUUGAGCACAUAUACACACAAUCGAGUACCCAUACGCUCCAAUGCCCCGAGAUUCGGUCCUGGGACCCUUUGCGAAUCGCCAUUGCUCAGGAUGCACCUUCCAAACGUGACACGCCAAUCCGCUGUUGUCCUUACCCGUCCUUCGCCAAGAGUGAUAAACGGUGA